AUGGCAGAGCUUCUCGGCAUCGUCGCUGGCGGAGCUGGACUUGCCUCUCUGGCACUCCAGCUAGUCGAUGGCGGCCAGAAACUGCGACACCGCUACAAGAACGCCAAAGGAAUGGAAGGCAAUGUGCUGUGGUUGAGCGAGGAUAUUGAGCUCAUUGGUAAACAGCUCAUCCAACUCGAAGCCAGCGCGGACGACAUCAUGCAAGAGCAGCUUGGCCCGAUCAUGAUGGGGAGAUGUCGAGACCGCUCUGCGAAAGUAGCAGAUCGUUUGGCAAACUUGGCUGGAGAUCUACCAAUUGAAACUGUUGUUGACUUCGAUGCACCUGGAUUCGUGAUUUUGGGAAAGCUCGCCUCAGAGGAAAUCGGCUGGACAACAGCAGAGGCCAUGUACAAAGAUCUUUAUAAGUCUUGUCCCGGAUUUGUCAAUCAGGUUAGCCCAUUUGGUCAUGGCUAUCUUGAGGAAUGUCUCCCUCUGCACAGGCUAGGAGUAUUGCUAAUGGAUUUCGAUUUGAUGGAAGAGCCUGAGAUUUUGGCGAACCUGAUCCAGCUUUUUGUUAGAUCGUUUCGUACCAAAGAAACGACACACAGCGCAUUAACACCUAGAAGCCUCCUAAAACGAAUGCAGAAUGUGAUGAGAUUUAAUGGUCAUAUGCACUUUGCUAUUUCUCUUAGCACUCUUGGGUGCGAUUUCAAGAAUGUUGUGCCAACUUGGGAAGCACAGCCGUUGACUCACAUUUUCCAGCCCGAUCCUUUCGAUUUUCGUUUUAUGAAAUUGUUUCUUAAAACCAAUCCUGACUUUGGAGACAGCCCUCCGCUUCACGCCUCGAUACUGUUUGACUCCGAUGUAAACUUCAAGCUUUGUCUUGAGAGAGUCGCACAGCCUUUUGAGAAGAUUGUGAAUUUCUUGGGUCAAUCAGCACUUCACAAGGGCGUCUGUCAGCCUUCGCGCGUGGCUCAACUCCUGGCUGCUGGUCAUCCAGUUGACCUAAGCGAUAAGAACGGUAUAACUCCAUUAAUGUAUGCGGCAUCAAUGAAUGUCCCAGAAACAGUGAUGAUGCUUGUCGAGAACGGUGCCAAAUUAUUUAUCACUGGGGAGAAUGACGUCACAGUUCUUGAUCUCGUUGCCAUGCGAGGCAACUGGGACUUGAUAAGGCAGAUCGUCGACUUUGCAGCGGCAUCCUAUCCCGGUCUAGUCCCUAAGCUUUUCGGAAGUCUUCUACCUCUCCUCGAGCCAGCUAACGACGAAAGAUGCUAUGCUGCACAUGAUUCUAGUGGUCUAAAAGGCUGUAUCAAAUUCUGGUCCCGGGUGAUCUCUACCCUUGGUAGCCCCAACUUCUACUUUAACGAUGGCACGACCUUGAUGCACAUGCCCGUUGAUUCUAGAUCUGCCAGAGCUUUGAUCGAGUUGGGUUUCACCGAGUUCAAGCAAGAAGAUGGUGCUUUACUUGAGCACCUAGGUUCAUUACAUGACCUAUCAUUGUUCCGCUUUGCUGUUGCGAAUGGUGGCGAUGAGCAUUUACACAACGACUGGGGUUGGGAUAUCCUCAGCGCCGUGCUCGAUGGUCUUACAACACACAGUCGUAAAGACUUGCCGGAGGUCUUGGGGAUUCUACAAUUCCUUCUUGACAGAGGAGUCCAAGUCUUAUCCAGAGAUGGAUGCGUGUGCAAUUGUUCGGCUGGCGGCUGCAUGCCGGGUUUGUGCUCAUUACCCAUCGAAUCAAAUCUACGGCUAUUCGCGUGGCUUGAGAUACUAGAAAAGAAGAGAAAUGUGGAAGAAGCAAAGGAAUUUUCACUCGCCCUUCUGCGACAAAUGUGUUUUGAUCAGGCUGAUACAGACAACGAUCGAUUUUGGGAUAUACCUGAGCAAAUUAGCAUUGAGGAAACGAAUCAAGAGAUGGAAGUACUGGCUGCGAAGGCGUACUCAGAGUUGAAGAUCGAAGUCAUGGUCCGUCUCCGACGCAUCUGGAGGAAAGAAUAUGCGAAACAAUGGCCCGGGCCACGGUUAACACCUAGGUUCAGGCGGAAUGUCCAAAAUAACAGUGCAAGAAGUUUGAAUGGAUUAUUGAAAGAAAUUCGAACCUCAAAACAACCAAAGAUUCCAGAACCGCUCUCAACCUCCUGGGAAUGCAUAGUUCAGAAGAAGCUAAAAUCUAAUCAUUGGAUGUUGCGGUUUGAUCUUGAACUAGCGGUGGUCGAAUUUGGGGUUGAUCUGUAUCGAUGCGGAGGUGGUCAGUUCGAGAACUGGCUUCCACUACUAACCCAGCUGACGGACGUCCUUCUUGCUGAAGAGCCAGGAGCAUCAGAAUCCUGA